AUGAACUUCCGCGAGAAGGUCAAGCGGGUGUUCCGCUCUAAAUCCGAUGGAAAGCCCAAGGUGGAAUACUAUCGACGCCACGAGUGUCCUCCCUCCAAGUUUCGGGGGCCUUUUGAUCGCGAACACCAAAAGCGGUUAGCCGCGUGGUCUUUUGACGCCGCUACGGCCGACCGUCCUCGUUCGCUCGAUUUAUCCCUGUCGCCCUGCGCCACUAACUGUCCUGCUCCCGAUGUUCUCCUCGAGGAGUCAGGUACACAUGGACAGGCCCAUACCCGAGAGGAUACGUCAGCCUCCGACUCAGAUGCCCCAGAAUCAUCGCCCCGUGCAAUCGACUCAGGCUCCCAGUCCUCAACUAUUAUCAACCCCUCAAGUUACAGCGGCUCAAUGAUGACCCUCCUCAACGAGACCUCCAUUUACGAGAUCACCGAGGAUCUCAAGGAUCCCAAAGCCCAAAGGAAUCCAUCCGCUAUACUUCCCCCCUCGUCCGCGCCAUCUCGCCCGCUCUCUCCCCGUGCAUCAUGUCGCCCCGAAAGCAGAAACUCCCUUUCGCUCCCGAGGACCUUACCCGCGCCUUGA